AUGUUCGUUGAAAAUUGCCGGGUUGAUCAAACAACUAUCAAAAUAGAGAAGACUGGUAAAGAGAGACGUCGUGAACGCCAAAAAAUGAGAAAGAUGGGUGUGGACCCUGCUCAGUUACCGGACUCUGCUGAGGACACAUUCCUGCCAGUGCAUUGUGCUGUGUGCUCGACGAACGUCGCUGUUAUGGAUCAUGAUGAAGUCUAUCACUUUUUCAAUGUGCUCACGGGUUAUGCAUGA